ACAGUUAAGCAAUGAUUUUCAAGAUCUUGGAAAUGAAAUGCAGCAAAGAAACGUUCAAGGCACUCAAGGUAUUCAAGGCGAGGAUCUUUCGGCCAAAGUGUGGGAUAUAAGUAUUGUAGAAAGCAAGAGAAGUAUAUGGGGGAGUCAACAAAAUCCAGGCAAAUCUAUUUUUUGA